CAGUAAAAGUUGAAGAUGACAAUAGGGUAUUUGGUUCUGUUGGUUUUAGCUGUUAUGUUGUUCGAGUUUCCGGACUAUCGAAUACAUGCCGCAUUCACGCCCGCCGAUAACUACUUGAUUGUUUGUGGUUCUUCAAAAGAUGUCACAUUCCUAGGUAGAACUUAUGUUCCUGAUCCAGGCCAUUCUUCUCUUUCCUUGAAGAGUGGAAGUUCUUUUGUUGCUGGUUCUAAUGCUAGUGUUCCUUCUGCGAUAUAUCAAUCGGCUCGAAUCUUCUCUGGAAUUGCUUCUUACAAGUUUGACAUCAAGAAAGAAGGUCGGCAUUGGGUCCGGCUCUACUUUUAUCCUCUUUUGAAAUCUGGCCAGGACUUGACAUCUGCUCCUAUAACGGUUGUCACUGAUGAUAUUGUGCUCUUGAACAACUUCACUUUCAAGAACUAUAACGGUUCUUUUUUGUUCAAGGAGUAUGCAAUCAAUGUGACUUCAGACACAUUGACUCUCACCUUCAUUCCUUUAAACAAUUCGGUUUCAUUCGUUAAUGCGAUCGAAGUUGUCUCCAUUCCUGAUGCAAUCUUUCCUGACCAGGCAUUAGCUUUGAAUCCAUCUGCUCCUGUUAGUGGCCUUUCGGAAUUCGCCAUGGAGACUGUUUAUCGAUUAAACAUGGGAGGGCCAUUGAUCACUGCUCAGAAUGAUACGCUCGGAAGAAUUUGGGAGAAUGAUGUGAAAUAUCUCCAUGUAAACAGUUCUGCUCUGAAUGUUUCAGUCAAUCCAGCUUCUAUCAAAUAUACGGCUUCCGUUACACCGGAAACGGCACCGAAUUGGGUCUAUGCCACCGCCGAAGUCAUGGGUGAUGCAAAUGUUCCCAGUAUGACCUUCAAUGUAACUUGGGUCUUCCAGGUUGAUCCGAACUUCAGGUAUUUGGUUCGGGUCCAUUUUUGUGAUAUCACAAGUUCAUCACUCAACACUUUGGUUUUCAACCUAUACAUAAAUGACGAUACUGCUCUUGCAAGUCUCGAUCUAUCCACAUUGACUGGUGACCUAAAUGUGCCUUACUUUAGGGACUUUAUCUCCAAUUCUUCGGUGGAAUCCGAUACUUUGACUGUUAGUAUUGGUCCAGAUACUAUGGCGGACAUCACUAAUGCAACUAUGAACGGAUUGGAGAUCAUGAAAAUCAGCAAUGAUGCUGGAAGCCUGGAUGGCCUUUCUUCUAUUAAGAAUCUCCUUCCGAAGUCAUCCUCCAAGAAAAACAAAAUAGGGAUAAUAAUUGGUUGUAUUGUUGGAGUUGUAGCUGCAGUGGCAUUAAUCGGGUUUUGUUAUUGUUGCCUGGUUGCAAGGAAGUCGAAAGCUACUCAACAAGGACAUUCAUGGUUACCUUUGCCCUUAUACGGAAACUCUCUGACCAUGACAAAAAAUUCCACUACAUCGCAGAAGAGUGGAACAGCAAGCUGCAUCUCGUUGGCUUCCUCAAAUCUGGGGCGGUUGUUCUCCUUCCAAGAAAUCCUUGAUGCUACCAACAAGUUUGAUGAGAGUCUACUUCUUGGAGUUGGUGGUUUCGGAAGGGUCUACACCGGAACCCUUGAAGAUGGGACUAAAGUUGCUGUCAAAAGAGGUAAUCCCAGAUCUGAACAAGGUCUUGCUGAAUUCCGCACUGAAAUUGAAAUGCUGUCUAAACUUCGCCACCGCCACCUUGUCUCUCUUAUUGGGUAUUGUGAUGAAAGAUCGGAAAUGAUUCUUGUUUACGAGUAUAUGGCUAAUGGACCGCUUAGAAGUCAUCUUUACGGAACAAAUCUACCUCCUUUAUUGUGGAAGCAACGACUUGAAAUAUGCAUUGGGGCUGCUAGGGGACUUCAUUAUCUCCACACCGGUGCAGCCCAAAGCAUUAUUCACCGUGAUGUGAAGACAACAAACAUUCUCUUGGAUGAGAAUUUUGUAGCCAAAGUUGCAGAUUUCGGUCUUUCAAAAACCGGUCCAGCUUUAGAUCAGACACAUGUGAGUACUGCUGUUAAGGGUAGCUUUGGUUACCUUGAUCCGGAAUAUUUCCGAAGGCAGCAGCUAACGGAAAAGUCCGAUGUGUAUUCAUUUGGAGUGGUUUUGAUGGAAGUUCUCUGCACUAGGCCUGCUUUAAAUCCUGUUCUCCCAAGAGAACAAGUUAAUAUCGCGGAAUGGGCAAUGACUUGGAAGAAGAAAGGCAUGUUGGAUCAAAUCAUGGACUCUAACCUGUCAGGGAAAGUUAAUCCAGCUUCUCUCAAGAAGUACGGAGAGACAGCAGAAAAGUGCCUAGCCGAGUAUGGCGUUGACAGGCCAUCAAUGGGAGAUGUAUUAUGGAACCUCGAAUAUGCUCUUCAGCUGGAGGAGACUUCAUCAGCACUGAUGGAACCCGAUGAUAACAGUACGAACCAUAUCCCUGCCAUUCAGUUGACACCACUUGAGCCAUUCGAUAACAGUGUAAGCAUGCUUGAUGGUAAUUCCGGCACUGAUGAUGAUGCUGAAGAUGCUGCCACCAGUGCAGUAUUUUCACAACUCGUAAAUCCUCGUGGGAGAUAGAUGACAAUCAGUCCUGCUCGGUGAUCUUAGCCGAUGGACAUCCUGCUAAAAA